AUGACCUCAUCAUUGGUUUGUUUGUUGCAGGUACCGUCCAGCUACCUGAUCCUGUGGGUGACCGUGGACGUCUUGUCAGCUGUGAUAAUCAUCACGGUGUUUAUAGUACAGAGAAUCCGACUGUAUGGGACUUCAUUUAGCCCUGAAACCUUCUCCCUGAACAGCACGGCCCGCAGCGCUCAGGAACACCGAUCUCGCAAUAUGAAGGAGAAGCUGCUGUACAACAUGACGGAUGGGGACCUCGUGGAGGAGGUGGAUGUACGUGCUGGCCACGGCGGCGUGGUCAACCAGCCCGCUUCAUCGUACUCCAUGGCCUUCAUCAACAACGACCCCUACUCCAGUAGAUACCACAAUGGAAACACCUUCCCCGACAGCAAGUACGAAGUGGAGUAGGACAGCGAUCACGAUGACAAUAGUCUUUCUUGCGACACAAGUUUGGAUGCAAUAUUUUUAUCUGUGUAUCAUGUGUAUUUGUUCUCAUGGUAUACAGAGCCUUGUGAGCUUAUGUUUCUUGUCACUGAAUGUCCGGUAGCCAUCUUUGUCAAAGGCAGUAGUUUUCUGUGUGUGAACCUGUUGUGACAUGGGAUCAUUCCAAGAGAAUUGGGUUCAUCGAGUUGGUCGUUGUCAUAAAAAGGGAAAUCAUUGUCAGAUAGAAAAAAAAAAAAUAUUUACAUGAUACAGGGGAAUGCUGAACCAGAUGACUUCUUUUCGGAUUUUCAGGGAAGUCAGAAUCUGCAAAGUGUUCCUCAUCCUGUUCCAAAAUGUUCCAUUGUUGGUUUUGGUGGGCAAGAUAUCAUCAUCAAAACUUUGAGACCAUUAUUGGUAAUCAGGCUUUUUGUCUGCAACUGAGAGAAACUGCUUGUUGAAAUGACCUGAUGUGAAACUUUCAUGAUCAAAUGUCAAGAAACUGAUCAUAUGUAGAUCAAUGGUAUGCGUUUGAAGCAAGUAUGGCGAACCUGUUGAUCUUUGAUACCGCUGUAUGACAGGAUACUUGCCUCAACCUGCUAUGUACUGCUGCCUUGGUCAGUGUGCGUGACACGGAGGAUGAACGAUGUUUGUGUGCACUGUGGUGGAGUUUAGCCCUUUGGUUUUACCAGGUAUUUUGAAGGUGAGCUCCAGUACCAGACUUCACGGACAGUGAUGGUCAAUCCAGACACAGACUUUGGUUUACUAUCAGUUGGUUUAUGAACAAAUGAACACCUGAAUGAGAAAAUUACUUUUUUUAUAUUGUGCAUGAGAUGGG